CGUACUCACUCCACUCUGAAGAACCGACAAAGGAGGACUCUAGCAACUGCCAUAUUAACUACCCUUCACUAAUCUGACACAACACUUGCUCUUCUCCUUUCACUCUCUCACAGGUCUGAGUUCUGAGCUUUGAGCUUUGAGCUUUGAACUUUGAAACUUUGAACCCACAAUGGAUACUUCCAUUGAUCCAAGGAGCGGUUUCUGCUCAAAAACAAAGACCUACAAAAGCCUCCGGCCACCGGUUCCACUCCUACCAGAGACCCUCCCUCUCUCCGCCGCGGCUCACUCCCUCUUGCUUCUCCGCAGCAAUCCCUCGCCACUGGAAACUACUACUAUCCUCAUCGAUGUCGACACCGGAAACCGCCUCUCCGCCGCCCAGUUCCUCCGUCACGUCGAAUCCCUCGCUGCCUCUCUCCAAUCCAAUCUCAACCUUUCCAAGGAAGAUGCCGCCUUUAUCCUCUUGCCCCCAUCAAUCGAAGUCCCUAUCCUCUAUUUCUCUCUCCUCUCCCUUGGCGUGGUCAUAUCUCCCGCCAAUCCAAUAAAUACCAAAUCCGAGAUUUCCCACCAAAUCCAGCUUUGCAACCCUUCCGUCGCCUUCGCCACCACGAUGACCGCCGGAAAACUCCCUUCCAGUGACUCUCUCCGCCGAGGCAUUGUUCUCCUAGAUUCCCCAGCUUUCCAAUCCAUGAUGACGACAUCCUCGACCGGCCGGCUCGACCUGACAAGGGUUCGGGUCAGCCAGUCUGACCCAGCGGCGAUUCUCUACUCGUCCGGUACCACCGGGCGAGUCAAGGGAGCGAUCCUGACUCACCGGAAUCUGAUUGCUUUGAUCGCUGGCUACUAUGAUAGGAAACCAAAGCCAGAGGAGGAGAAUCCGCCACCGCCGGAGGUGUCUCUGAUGAAUCUGCCGUUGUUUCAUGUGUUUGGGUUUUUUAUGUGUUUGAGGGCAGUGGCAUUGGGGGAGACAGUGGUGUUGAUGAAACGGUUUGAUUUUGAAGUGAUGUUGAAGGCGAUUGAAACGUAUAAGGUAACAUAUAUGCCGGUGUCGCCGCCGCUUGUUGUGGCGAUGGCAAAGUCGGAUUUAGUAGCGAAGUAUGAUUUGAGUUCGCUGAGGCUGUUGGGGUGCGGUGGAGCCCCGCUCGGGAAGGAGGUUGCCGAGAGGUUCGUUGCUCGGUUUCCCAAUGUGGAGAUUGUACAGGGUUAUGGCUUGACUGAGACAACAGGAACUGCUGCAAGAUCGAUGGGGCCUGAUGAGGCCAAGCAAUAUGGGUCUGUUGGCCACCUAGCUGAGAAUGUGGAAGCCAAGAUAGUUGAUCCCAAAACUGGAGAGGCUAUGCCUCCAGGCCACCAGGGGGAGCUGUGGUUGCGAGGACCAAUCAUCAUGAGAGGUACCCGGAUGAAGAAGCAGGGCAGAUUCCCAUGGCUUUUGUAGUGAGGAAACCAUGCAGUAAUCUUAAUGAAGCUCAAGUUAUGGAUUAUAUUGCUAAAAAGGUGGCACCAUACAAGAAGAUCCGCCGAGUUGCUUUUGUCAGCUCAAUUCCAAAAAAUCCUUCUGGAAAGAUCUUGAGGAGGGAGCUGGUUGAUCAAGCUCUCUCUGGUGCCUCUGCUAAAUUAUGAUGCCAUAUGUUUACUUAUUGACAUGGGCUCAAUGCAAACUAUGCAAAAUAUGCAUGCAGUUCAACCUAUUAUUCUUGAUCUCUCUCCAUGUGGAUGCAUAUGAUUGACUGUAAACAUCACAUCUCCUCCUCCACCUGCAAAAUAAUAAUAAUAAUAAUAAUAAAUUCAAGAGUAAUAAAAUAAAAAUGUUAUCAAAAUCAACUAACAUUAGAGUAAGAGAAAGGGGAUUUUUCUUUGGCUUAUGCAGGAAACAAUUUUGUUGGCUUUCCACUUCUGGUCCUGGCAUUUGGAGUUCACCCUUUGUUUUCUCCUUGAAUAGAAUUUCUUGUGUCCUCUUUCAUGGUUCUUGUGGUGCUCUUUUGUGUAUUGCUUUCAAUGAGUUAUGGGGUUGCACUGUAUAUAGAAUAAAAGGGCCAUGUGAAUGUGAUAGCCUUGGCAUUUGAUAUGGUCAACUUGUAAGAGAAUCAACCCUUAUUUGACAUUCAAUUUGUUCUUUUGAUUUUUGAA